AUUAAUUUAAAUUAAUUUGUAUUGAUGUUCUGGUGUUUUAAAAUACUAUAGAUUUUUAUUUAUUUUAAUUUUAAACAUCCAAGACUUGGAAAAGUGAUUAUUGAUUUUUUUUAUAAGUUGGCUGCACUCUCAAAUUGACAGAUGAACAUUGAUAAAAUUUCAAGGUCACAAUUUCUUCUGUCAUUAAUCAUUAGUUUUCUUUUGUUAAAAACAACGAAUUUUAUAUAAAUUUAGUUGAAAUAGGUCUUAACUUGAUGUGAUAAUGCUCAGUAAAUCUAGUAGGCGGAUGUUAAUAAGUGCUCAUACAGUGUUUGUUUCUCACAUUAUUUUUUAAAAGAUACAGCAGAAUUAUUGCUCACCAACUCAAAAGCUGGUUGAAGUUCACUUAAAGGAACGCUAACUGUAGAGCACAAUAGGUAGCAAAAGUAAGAAGUACAGCACCAGAGGAACGAUGACUAGGCCACCAAAUGAAAAUUUACCCACCGUUAAGCUGGUUGUUGUAGGAGAUGGCGGUGUGGGCAAAAGUGCGAUUACGAUUCAAUUUUUCCAGAAAUUAUUUGUGACUGACUAUGAUCCUACUAUAGAAGAUAGUUAUCUGCAACAUGUGGAAGUCGAUGGCCAGUGGUGUAUGCUAGAUGUUCUUGACACUGCAGGCCAAGAAGAAUUUAGUGCCAUGAGAGAACAAUACAUGAGAAAAGGCGACGGAUUUUUGUUGGUUUAUUCGGUUACUGAUAAAAAUAGUUACGAAAAUAUUAUACACUUUCAUACGCAGAUUUUACGUGUUAAAGACAGGGAUACUUAUCCGAUGUUACUGGUUGCAAAUAAGGUGGAUUUGGUACAUUUGAGGAAGGUUACUGAGGAACAAGGUCGUGAUUUGGCUCAUAAGCUAGGGAUACCUUACAUUGAGACUAGCGCAAAAGAUCCACCGUUAAAUAUUGAUGCGACUUUUCAUGAAGUUGUGAGAAUUAUACGAACCCAACCCCAAAACGAUAAUGAGAAACGAAAAAAGAAGAAAUUUCAGAAACUGGGCAAAUGUGUCAUGAUAUAAUUCGUUUGUCGAUUUACAUUCUGUGUUAAACUAUUUUAAAUGCUUUUUAUAUAUGUUAUAUUUAGCCUAUAUGUAUACAGCUUUAAUGUUAUGAGGUGUUCAGUGUUAUAUGUCAUGUGCCAGUAUUAUUUUUUUAAAUUUCGGUUGGUAAAUUAAUUUAAAGGGGUCGCAACUAAAGCGUAGUUGUAACUUUGUUAUCAGUUCUAGCUUCUAUUCAAUUCUAAGAUUGAGACUACGUAGUAAAGAGUUACAAACCAAACUGGCAGAAAUCGUUAGAAAAUUUGGUUUCUUAACCAAGAUUUUUUUAAUACCAAAAAAAUACCAAGCCAAAGUUUUUAUUCAAUUUUAUUGUGGACCAAAGUUGCUCACAUUUCAUGACUUAUGAUAAAAAAAAGUCAAAUAUCUUAAAACGAUACGUAUAAUAGAUCGUGUUGUAAAACCAUAAUGGCACUAAAAUUGAGAACACGACACAAUAAUCGAGCAGUUGUUUGUAGAUGGAAUAAGGCGUUUUUAACAAAUUAAUUUGACACAAAUUUUAUUAGAAAUAUUCUGAAACUACAUUAACGAAUUUGUUUGUGCUAAAAUACUGCGAUAAAUGUUUAGAGCAUUUACGAAUAGUUCCUGUGAAAGUGGAUAUUGGAAAUUGACCUUAAAGAACCCUUAGAAACAGUUCAAUAAAUCAACUUUUUUUUAACUUUGAUAUCUGGUUUCUAACAGGGUUUAAAACUGACUAAUUCCUCUCAUCAGCACAAAUAAAAAAACAUUUCUUCAUAACAUAAAUCUUAAGACUUUUACAAUCCUUCAAAUUUGGUCCUAUGCCGUUCUUAUAUGGCUAUAUUGAAGUAAAAAUUUGAUCAGAAACAAAAAUUAAUCAAUGGCAUCGGAAUUCGAAGUAAUCUGAAGGUUUAACAGUCAAUAUAGUACAUUUCAUUAGGAGUCUGGAAAUAAGGAUUUUGCUUAGGAUAAGGAUGUGACAAAUUCUCGUGUGGGACGAAGCCGAACACGGGAACUCGUGCAAGCAUGGAAAAUUCUAUUUGUGGGAGUGUAAUAAACGAUAUUUUUUAUUAUACUUCUUUGAAAACGGAAAUAUAGAAACAAAAUUAAACAUAAAAAAAGACUUACAAAAGAAACUUAGAACAUUUUUAUUUUCGUAACAGUUAUAGGAAUAUAAAAAACGUGUAGAGUAUAUACACGGUAUAUUUUCUGGGAUUUUCUAGUUUUAGGUAUUCUGCAACAUUUUCGGAACACCACUGAUGGUAUAGCAUCCAACGUGUUGAACGUAACACCUGCCGUUUCAAUACACGUCGGGAAAACCGGGAAUACCUGGAAAAGUCAGGGAAUUUGUUAUUCUUCAAAAAAAAAACAAGGAAUAGUUAGGGAAUUUUAAAAAUAUUCAUGAAAGUCAGAGAAUUUGAUGUUUGCAACUUUGGACUUUUUUGGUAUAUAUAUCCUACAGCUUAACACUUCAAGAAAGCAAUAGUUUUUGGAUAUUUGUUGAUGUUAGCAUUUCCUUUUGUGGCCAAACAACACUUUAGCAUUGAGAACCGACUCCAUAACAUGUAAGAUUUCAUAGACAAAGUAAACUAGAAGAAUAUCGCCACUUACAGCUUUGAUUUUGUUCAGAUGUCGCCAUUCAGUAAAAAGUUUAUAUUCAUAUUCAUAUCUUUACCUGGAUUUUACUGGUAAUAAAUUCACGUUUGCUUGCACUGCUUACUUUAGGAUGUUAUCGUGAAUUUCGGGUUUUUUUUCUGAGUAUAUUUUAUCGGCUGUAUAUUUCUAUUUUAAAGCAGUAUUUUUAUUCAGCACACGUAAAGAAUCAAUGAAUGGGGAAACUUUUUCUGUGCGCUAGCACGAAAAGGCCCAUCUUACGUUAUUAUUAAUACCGAUAAAAAAUAAGAUGUUUUCAAAGAAAUAUAAUAAAAAAGAAUGUUAGUUGACGGAUUUGGAUAGACUUUUUUUGGCUAUUGAUUAACAGUGGACCAUAAUUAAAAGUUAGUUAUUUUGCUCUAAUUUCUCAAUAAUUUGAGGCACAUAAUUAUGGAAGUAGAUUCUACUUUUCAUUUGAGUAAAAGCAAAUGUUUACAAAAUUUUAAUUUAUUUGGAAUGUCACCUAAAAGUGUGUCUCUUUGUCAUGGUUUUUGGACUUUUAAGCAUAGUACAAAAGUUUUAUUUGUAACAAUUACCUACAUCGUAAGAAGCAGAUAGUUACCAUAAAAAUGUUAUAUGCAAAAAUUUCGAUAAAUUAACUUUAUGUGGACUAGGAAUGAUAUAAAUGUUAUAUUUAGAAGUUUUAAAGUAGUACCUAGUUAAAAAUUACACACAUUUUUAUAAAUCGAAUCGGAUAGGUACUCCUGAAAUGUGCUGUCAAAAUUAUAUGUCAAAGAUUAACAUUUCCGACCUGAGAUUGUGUUUUCGCAACCACUGAUUUGCUUUUGAUUAAAUUUUUCAAGCUGUACCAAAUUUGAUAUAUCUUCAAUUGAAAUCUUUGAAGGAUCAGAGUCCUUAUGAACCAUUUUUAGAAAAAAUCAUUCUUUUUUUUUUUGUUGCUUGGAAUGAGAGGAAUCAGAAAAAUUGCUGCAACAUCACUAUGACCCCUAUCUAAAAGAUUAGACUAAAAAUAUAGCCGAAAACUUGUGCAGAGAGGGGUAGUGUAUCAUUCUGCAAUCUUUUUCAUUGCAUAAUAAUGAAACAUUUUCAGGGAUUCUUUCUGCUCUAAAGUUUCUAAUGGUAUUUUAUACCACGUAUUGGUCAAUUUUCUUCUAGAUAAGAACAUAUGCCUGUACCGAUCGAUGAUUUGAAGCAUGUUUGUUAUAGUGUUUCUUAGUUAGCACAAUGUCGAGUUGUUGGUUGGCCUAACAAGAAAACAGAAUGUUAGAGAUAUAUUAUAGAGGAUUUGAAGAUUUAAAACUGUGAUGAUGUUUUGUUUUUAUUGUUUUACGCACAUGUUGAUUAAAAAAAAACGUUAAAUACUUGUACGCCAAAUUACUUUUUUAUAAAGUUUUAUAUUGAAUCGUCAAGGAUAUUUAAAACCCGUUUGAAGUCUUAGUUUCGAUAAUUACUAUUUUUUGAGGGGAAUUUAUACAAAGAACUUUUGCUCCUAGUUAUUUUUAAAAAGAGACGCAAAAAGGCAUUCUUGUAUAAAUUAUCUUGGUUCUAAUUAGAUUAAACUAGUUAUAUUUUUUAUGUAUUUAUACAACAUAAUUUUUUACGUUGUUAUUUUACAAUAUCCGAUAUGUAACAUUUGUUUUAUGUCAGUGUAAUUUAUUAAACCAUGAAAUUGUA